GAGCCUGCGAAGACGGUUUGGAAUGAUUUGGCAGAGGGAAAUUAUGUGUGUUGCAAGAAGUUCUCUGUCUCAUGGGAGAGCAUUUACCUUUUGCCGUCCUUGGUCAUGACGGCCCAAGAAGAACCUCAACCUGUGGUCGUAAAUGCUUUGCCGGACCAGCCAAUCAUUCGCCUACCCUUGUUGAAGUACGUGUCACUGGUCAAAGGGCUCCGGAAUGCCCAAGCCAAGG